AAAAGUGAUAGUUGCCCCGCCUAAAUUACUAACUGGUUUAAAAACGCUUAAAAUUUUUUUAUUCAAAAUAUUAAAAUUAAUACAAAAAGAUACUAUUGACUUGACAAAAAAAAAAGAAAAAAUAAAAAAAAAAUAUUUUAUAAAACGAGCUUAUUUAGCAUCUAGUCAAUAUAAAAUUUAAAUCAGUUUACGAUUGAUAAGAACUCUGUUAAGAACUCUCUCUGUCACAGUAUCGUGCAUUCGCUUAUUCAAUGAUUGAUCUUAGAAAAUAAAAGAAGUGAAUAAAUUAUAAUAAAAAUAUUUGUUAAAUAUACAUACACACAAAACAUACAUACGAAAUAAUAAUUAAUUUAAUUAAUGUGAUUUAUUUAAAUUCUAAUUGAAAUUCAAAAAUAAAUUGUAAUUAUUUAUUAAAAAAAAAUAAUAAUAAUAAAAAAAAGCAUAGAAGUAAAUAAAAAAGAAAUUAAUGUUAAAUUAAAUAACAUUAUAAAGAGAAAAUAAAAUAAAGUAAAGGAAAAAAAAAAAUUUGAGAAAAUAUAAAUAGAACUAUAAAGAGAAAAAUCACUAAAAUGAGUCGAGUUCAUCGUCAGUUAUCAGAAUUAUCUGAAUUAAGUGCUAGUGAAUUAAAUGAAGCAAUUGAUGAUACAAAUUUUCCACAAUCUCAUGUAUUAUCACGAGGACGUAAUAAUAGUAUAUGCAGUGUUAGUAGUGCAUCAGGAACAUCAUCAUUAAAUUAUGAUGGUAAAAAAUUUAAUUAUAGUAAUAUUAAUGAUGUUAAUCAGCAACAACAAUCAUCAACUGAUAAAAUAACAAAAUUGAAUGGUGAUAUUAAUGAAAAUGAUUCAGAACAAAAUGGUGAUGGUGACACAAUUAAAAUGUUAAGACGUGAACAAUCAGUUGAAUCAUCUGCAAUGUUAUCAAGGCAAGUAUCACGUCGUACAUCAACUACACCUGGACAUGAAAAUUGUACAUUCCAUCAUGAUUUAGAAUUAGAUCAUAGACCACCGACACGUGAAUCUCUUAUACCAGAUAUGGCACGUUCAUAUCGUCUAUUAUUAAGUAGUUUAGGUGAAGAUCCAGAAAGACAAGGUUUAUUAAAAACACCAGAACGUGCCGCUAAAGCAAUGUUAUUUUUUACAAAAGGCUAUGAUCAAAAUUUAGAAGAUGUAUUAAAUGGUGCUAUUUUUGAUGAAGAUCAUGAUGAAAUGGUUGUUGUUAAAGAUAUUGAAUUCUUUUCAAUGUGUGAACAUCAUUUGGUACCAUUUUAUGGUAAAGUAUCAAUUGGUUAUUUACCAUGUAAUAAAAUAUUGGGUUUAAGUAAAUUAGCGCGUAUUGUUGAAAUAUUUUCAAGACGUUUACAAGUACAAGAACGUUUAUCAAAACAAAUUGCUGUUGCUGUAACACAAGCAGUACAACCGGCUGGUGUUGCUGUUGUUAUUGAAGGUGUUCAUAUGUGUAUGGUAAUGCGUGGUGUACAAAAAAUUAAUAGUAAAACAGUAACAUCAACAAUGUUGGGUACAUUCAGAGAUGAUUCAAAAACAAGAGAAGAAUUUUUGAAAUUAGUUAAUUAAAUAAAAAUUUGAUGAAUCUUUUGACAGAUUUUAAUUUUAUAAUUUUUUGUUUUCUAUUUUUUGCAUAUAAAAAACAUGACAUUAUAAAAUAUAAUGUAUACUUAUAUAUAAAAUUUAAUUUGAUUUUUUUUUGUACUCACUGCUGCGCCGCGUAUUAGAAGAGUAGAAGAAUCAAGUGUACUUAAGAAUCGAGAAUCGAAUUUUUAUUUUAAUUAUUUAAGUGCCUAUUAAAAAUUUUUUAUAAAAUUAUUGAAAAAUAUCAAGUUUUUUUUUUGCUUUUAAUUAAACAUUAAUACAUACAUAUAUAAGUACAUACACAUAUUUACAUUUUUAAAAGUAGUAAUUAAGACAUAAAAUUUGAAAAUAAUUAAUAAUUAUGUUUUUUUUUUGUUCUUUUUAUUAAUUUUAAUUUAAUUAUAUUUACUAUACUGUUUUAUAUAUAAUUAUAUUAUAUAUAUACAUAUUUUUUUUUAUAUUUUAAUAACCUUCAUUAUUA